AUGGCAUCUUCAUCUCAUCCCUCAAGAGGAAGUAGAGGAAAAGCAGUAGCGAUUGCAAGAGGUGUUGAUCCUUCAGGUUGGAUCAAUGAUGAUGAGACACAAGUGAGACUUAUGGAUGGAAGGGUCAAGAUUGUUGUUCCCCCGAAGUAUCUAAACUUAAGCCUUUUUGAAAUAGAGGGGGUGUUUUACAACAACUUGAAAAUCGUUAAUGAUGACAUUCAGUCAAGGGUGAAAGGUGUUAAUAUCUACAUUGACAAUAAUGUGUGGCUACAAGUUGUUGGAUUAAAGGCUGAAGUACUUGUCAGUAGAAUAUUAAUUAUUCAAGGUGUGGAUAUUAGUGGAGAGCGGAAAUGCUCUUGCAAUUGGACAAAUGUGAUAAAUAGAAAUAUUAUUGCAAGCCUUCGAUUGGAAAGCAUUGAUGAUAAACUUUUAAAUCUGAAACACGAAAAGAAGUCAAUCAAAGAAAGAAUUGAAUGUAUCAGUCCAGAGCUGAAGAAGUUAAACGAAGCUGUUAACAAGAGCAAUGCAGAAAUACGAAAGCUUGAGAGGCGGAUAAAUGAAAUUACUGAUAGGAUAUACAGAGACUUUAGCAAGUCAGUUGGGGUAGCAAACAUCUGUGAAUAUGAAGAAAAUAGACUCAAGGCUGCUCAAAAUACAGCGGAGGAGAGGCUGAAAUUGAGUAGCCAACUUUCAAAAUCAAAAUAUCAGUUAGAGUAUGAGCAAAAUCGGGACAUGAGUUCAAGAAUUCUAGAAUUGGAAGCUUCUCUAAGUGCUUUAGAGAAAGAUUUAAAACGUGUACAGGACAGAGAGGCUGCAGCAAAGGUAGCAGCUGAGAAGUCUACUGAAGAGGUUAAUCAGUUAAAGGAAGAAAUUAAAGAGUGGAAAUCAAAGUCAGAAGAAUAUGAGAAGGAAAUCCAAGAGUGGAAGAAGAAAGCUUCUGCAGCCACAACAAACAUAUCCAAACUUAAUCGCCUGAUACAUUCUAAGGUUAGAUGCACAAUAAUUCUUUCAGUGCCCUACUUAGUUGAUCAAAAUCAAAAUGUGCAGCUGGUACUGAGUCAUCAGUAUCCAUGGGAUCUGAUAUGAUAGGGAGGUUAAUCUGUUCAAGUUCACACUUUUCUAAUAUUUCCUGCUUUUGCACAUUCAACUGACCACUCUGUGCCUCCUGUAAAUACACUAAAGAUGUUGGUUAUCUACACUUUGCAUGCAAGUUACACAAGAGGA